CCCCGCCCCGCCGCGUAGAGCCGGGCGCGGACCGGGACAGCAUGGCACGGCUCGGCUCGCCUCGCCUAAGGGCACCCACCUCUGCCGCGUCAGGUGUUGCUGCGGGGCGGGCCGGUGGGGGUAGGCCCUCCAGCCGGGGGGGGAUCGUCCCUCCCCAGCUGAGGGCAGCGGUUGUGGACGCCCGGCCGCUCCCCGGGGAGGCCCGGUGAUGGGUAUCCUGGAAGAGCGGUGUAGGCCGCUCUUGAAGAGCCCGGGAGCUGUCUGGCUCGGCUGUAUGCUCCCAGUGUUGCAGGGGAUGAUAGGAUCUGUAGCUGCACCUCAGACCUUAUUUUUUCCAGUUCAUUCGUGCUGGGUGUGGACAGUUCUGCUCUUCCACAUUUUUUUGACCUUCCAAUGGAGAUAAAAGCAGUUGUUAGAAGAUAUGAAACAAGAAAUAAGACAGCGGGAACAAAAUUGUCAUCAUCCAAGUCCCGAGUUGAUUGGAGACGCACUAAAAGGGAAUUCAUACUAUCUGACAGCAAUGACGAAUCCUCAGUUACCUCUGAGGAGGAAGAGCCUACCGCAUCAGAAGAUGAAAUAGAUGAAAAAGAUGAAACUGAUUUCAAGAACAGCCCCUCAGAUCAGGAAGAGAAAAGCCACAAUGGGGAAGUAACAGAAGAUGGUGAGGAUGAGUGCAUCGUGCCUGGGAAGCGUAAAAGGUUGAGCACCUCUGUCCUGUAUGACAGUGAUGAAAGUGAGGAGAGUGAUAUACUUGUUAGAAAAGUUUUUGCUAAACGCCACUGUAUAAUUGACGAAGACGAGAGUUCCCAAGAACAGCAGCCUGGUAAAACCUGCCCUACAGAAAAUGUUUCUACUAAUAAGAAACAGAAAGUAUUUGCAAAAUUGGAAGAACUUGCAAGACAAAGAGCAACUCAGACAUCCUGCAGCAGUGGAAGUUGUGAGGAUUCUAAUGGUGAAGCAGAAGAGGAACUAUUCUGUCCCUUGCCCCUCACACCAACAGAAGGUAGUGAAACUGAUAAUGACAGCAUGAAAGACUUCAUAGUAGAGGAAGAUGAAGAUGCUGAUGAUGACAACACAGAGCACGUAAAGAAUGAAAACCAGCCACAACAGAAAGAAAUUAAUAAAUCAAGUAGUGAGUUGCUGGCAUACUACGUCCCACACUUAUCUCGCUGUGAGCAUUACGUACACUUCAAAAGAAUAGUAAACGCUUUCCUCAUAAAUGCGAUUGAUGGCACUUUUCUGAGCUCAUUAUAUGAUGGAACAAGACAAAAGAAGUAUGCGCAAGAUAUGUUGCUCUCACUCCAUUAUUUGGAUGACCGCUUCAUUCAGCCUCGUCUUGAUAAUUUAAUCUCUAGAAGUCGCUGGAAAGACCGAUUCAAGGAGCGUGUGGAUUGUUAUCCAGAUGUUCACAUAACCAUGAAAGAUGCAAAAAGUAUGUCUUGUCAGGCCUGUGAAUUGAAUCGGUAUUGUAAGUUUAACGUGCAGCUCUCUGGGAACCUUUAUAAUAGCAGAACUUUGGAACCGGAUGACUUCAUGUCAGAUGACAAGCAGGUUUUGAAGGUUGGCAUAGUGUGUGCAAAUCGUACAAGAGUCUAUCAUAAUUUGAAGCACUUCAAAUACAAGUUGUAUGUGGAUUGCAGCUCCAUUACCAAGUUGGAUGGUGUUGAGGAUGAACCGGUCAGAAACACAGUAAAACGGCUUUUCAGCCAGCUGGAAGACAGUGGGUGGAUACAGAAGAGAUACAAUGAUCUUGAAGACUACAUGAAUGAUGCAGACAGUUUCCAAGAAGAGAAAAUGUAUUAAGUGGUCAUAUAGCUCUUUGAAAGACAUCUUGUAAAAAUCUGAAUGGCCUGCUUUAUCUGCAUGCACUUUUAUCUCUGCUUGGUCUUCAAGAUUCUUUUUAGGCUAUGUUAUACUUAAAUCCAUAUGCCUUUAAACUACUGUUUGAGAAUGUGCUGUGUCCUUUUUUUCUCAUCUGUGUCAAUAAUAACCCAAAAUUUUGCCAAAUCAGUCCUUCCAGUCUUCAUAGGUCACGUUAAGUAUACUUCUGUUCUUAAAAAUAACAUCCCAGUAUCUCUUUACUUGUGAAAUAAAACUUCCACCUAUUUAUAUUGAGCUGCAACAUAGGAAAGGUAGGAAGUGCUGAGACCUUUUGAAAUAGGUAUAUUUGGAAAGGUAAGGCUAUGUUAUACACGAACUUGCAUCUUAACUUUCCUUGUUGCUCAUUACAUGCAAGUCCUACCAUUUAGAACUAUAGUUACAAUAAACAGGACCCAAAUGCAAAGUUCUGUUUCCUCUGAGGAAUCAGUGUAGACUGUUGCAAGGCAACAGAGGAAAUACUCUGCAGUCCUGACUACAUUUGCAGCACAGUAGUCAUUCCUGUCUUUAGAGGGUAGGUGAUGAGUCACAUUAUAGACAUCAUACAGACUUGAGUCUGGCUUAGCCAUCUAAAUGAACACUUGGGCCCACAGGGCUGUCUGAUAAGCAGCUGGGGCAAUUUACUGAGAUUUUAAAUAUCAACUUACUUUGUGCAAAUGUCAUGGCAACAACUUGCAGCAACUGAAAUACUGAGAAUGGAUUAAUGUGGCCAUGCAAGAUAAGCAAGAAUUCUUCCAGUGUAACUUAACAGAAGGUAGGAGUUACUCAGAAGCAUGACGCAUGGCUUACCUGAAUUGCAUGAAGCCCAAAUCAGAGUUCUUUGGGGCCAGAGGAACAGAUUUUUGAGAAGUUAGGAAGGGUUGUGCUGUAUUGUCCGUUCUGAAAAAUUGGACGUGAGCCAGUAAUGUGCACUCACAACCCAGAAAGCCAACUGUGUCUUGGGCUGCAUCAAAAGAAGUGUGGCCAGCAGGUCUGAGGGAGGGGAUUCUGCCCCUCUACUCUGCUCUCGUGAGACCCCGCCUGGAGUGCUGUGUUCAGCUCUGUGGCCCCCAGCACAAGAAGGACAUGGACCCAUUGAAGUAAGUCCAGAGGAGGGCCAUGAAGAUGAUCAGAGGCUGGAGCACCUCUCCUGUGAAGCCAGGCUGAGAGAGCUGAGGUUGUUCAGCCUGGAGAAGAGAAGGCUCCAGGCAGCCCUUACAGCGGUACCUAAAGGGGCUUGUAAGAAACAUGGAGAGAGACAUUUUUAAUGAGGCCUGUAGUGACAAAACAAGGGGCAACGGUUUUAAACUGAAAGAGGGUAGGUAUAGAUGGACAUAAGGAAGAAGUUUUUUAUUAUGAGGGUGUUGAGACACUGGCACGGGUUGCCCAGAGAAGUUAUGGACGCCCCAUCUCUGGAAGUGCUCAAGGUCAGGCCGCAUGGCGCUUUGAGCAACCUGAUCCAGUGGAAGACGUCCCUGGCCAUGAUGAUCUUAAAGGUGCCUUCCAACCCAAACCAUUCUAUGAUUCUGUCCCUGUACUUUUUGCUGCAUAUAAAAUUAAUUUGAUGUAGCCUAAGAUGCAGAGUCCACAGUUUUGAAUUCAGUUAGGGACUGUUCCUACAUCCUGCUGUAUGCACAUACUCUUUUAUUAGUCUUUUGUGGCUGAACAGCUUAGUGAAAGGGAAGAUAUUGUUAACACUCUAGAUUCUUUUAAGAAGUUGCUCUCUCAGAAGUGAAACUACUGAAACCUAUCUUCUCAUGGAUUUGUCCAUAAGAAGUCCCCGCGUUUAUUAUGCCACUCUACUGGUAACAGAUAUGCUGAUUGACUGGGAAACUGAUGCAAGGUGUAUCACUUAAUAGUGAACAUCUGCUGGCUUCUUUCCAUAGAAACUGUACCUUAGAUUUGUCAUUCAGUAGCCUUUUUCUAGCAUUCAUUGUAAGAAAUUAACUGCUUUUAUAUUUUAAGGGGUUGAAGUUCAGCAAUGGUAUGUAUGCUAUUAGAGCGAGCUAGUAUCGUCAGUUCUCCCUUGUACCACAUACAAGAUUUACAAAGCAAGAUGAAAAAUGCUAGUAAACAGAAUGAGACUUACUCUCAAGUAAGCUUAUGUUGAAGAUAUUAUUUCCAUACCUUAACUGUGAGUUAGAUAUGUACAUAUUCUGGGAUUUCAUAUAUCUUACACCUAUCUCCCUGGUUACCAAAGCUGAGGGAAAUCUCUGUUCUUUUUCCUUCUGCAUCCCUGUUCUGGGAGUAUUGGUGGGAACACACCCAUCAAAUUAAAAGUAUUCAGGAAUCCGUCUCAAAUAUAUCCCUUUUCGGAAAAGUGAUGCCCCACUUCUUUCUGUUAACCAAAUCUCUGUUGUUGGCUUCUCUAGAAUAAUAACAUUUAAAUUUUGUGUAACUUUAUUCUCACAAAAGAGAACCAUUGCAAAAUAAACAAGUUUUGUAACGGAGCGUGCCCUCUCAGAGCCUUCCUGACAGAUCUUAAUUUCUGCUACCUUCUGAAUUUUCUGAAAACUCUGAAGACUGUAUUUUUAUUUAAGAAUUUUGCUAUCAAAAUGAAUGGUCAGUUUCACAUUUUGCCACAUUUAGAGUGUUUGCUACCAAGUUAAAAUACAAGUUUGGGAAAUUUUGGCUUGCCAAUUGCUGAUAAUAUUUCAAGAAUACAUACACUGUGAUUGAAAAUGGAAAUUGGCAAUAUCAAAUGAUAGUUUUAUUCAUUUUUUUGGUAUCUACUGCAUCCUAGAUCAUGUUUAUCACCUCCUCUUUGUUCACCUAAAAAGUGUGAACUACCUUCUUCCUUGUUCCUGCAGACUUUUUUUUCCAGAUCUAUGUUUUUCGGUCUCUAGCAAUGUCCUGUUCGAUUUUCUUGGAAGAAAGUGCUGCCAUAGGUUUACUAAUCUUGUCUGUGAUGUCACCAGUUGGACUAAGAAAAUGCCUAGAAUUUACAUCACUGAUAUCUAUUUUAGUAGGAAACUGAUACUUCAUUUGGCUUGGCAGGGGCUGACAUAAUGUUUGUGUGUGUAUAGUCUCUCUUAAACGUUGAUAUUCCCCUCACUGAGAUUGGGGGAAGUGAUAAUAUUUUUGUGGCUGUUGUUUUACCUGAAGAGUUUCUACAAGACGGAGAAUGUGAAGUGUCAUUACAUUAUGUUUACAUUUGUCUUCACCACAGGAAAUGAAAAGAUUGUUUAGAAGAGCUGUAUAUGUAAAAAUUUAGAUCAAAUUUUCCAGGACAGGCUGUAAAUUCUGGUACUGUUGCAGCAUGAAGUACAAAGGGGACUCUUGCCCCUGAGACUUCCUAUGUCUAGAAAUACUCAGUAAGAAUAUUUCUAGCAGAAAAAUGUGCAGAUAUCUCACGAUGGGAGAAGGCGGAAAUCUGACCAGUCUUUCCUACUUCCUUUUCCACAUUAGAGAAUUUGAGUGGAGCUAGGGAGUGGGAGAAUAUAAUGUUUGUUCUGAUAGAACAUUUUUAAUUGUCUUUACUGUUAAUUUUUUGAAGUAGUAGCUGUAAUUAAGAUAAAGUACCUGUCUUAAUGGAACAAUGAAGAGAGCUCAGUAUGUGAUUAGACUUGGCGUGGGUGAUUAAUGAUCAUACUUGGAAAUUGCUGUAGUUCCUGUAAUGUUUCGAUAAUCUGCUCUAGUUUAAAUUCUGUAACUGGAGACUGUAAUAAUGAUAAAGUUCACACAAGGUAUUUAUGCAUAGGAUCAGGCUUACUAAUGUGAUGUACUGGGAGAGAAGGCCCUUUUUGGUUUAUAUUCUCUGUCCAGUUCUCACGGUGAAGCAUGAAAAAAAGUGAUUUUUCUCCCUAUGUCCUUCAGUUUUUGGAAGGCAAGUAAUUUGUGGAUCAAAUGGGAUGGUCAGCUUUGCUAACAGUAGAUAGCUGUUACUGUCAUUUUUUCACCAGUGAAGGCUUCUCCUGUUUCCUAAAAGCAGCUAUUUCUAGCAGUUCAGCAGGUAAUUACAGGCAAUUCCCAUGCUUAACUCCUCUAGUUUACUUUUAUUUGGAUAAAUAAAGACUUGUAGUUUUAUCCUUCUUCAA